ACAGAGCCGCCGAGUGGUGUGUGUGUUGUGAUGUCUGAGUUGUGGAAAACAUGGCCGGUGUUGAUGUGAACAACGGCCUAAGAGAGGCCUUGAUAGAGAACCUAAAUAACAUCCUGUCGCCCCAAGCAGACGUCCGCCGAGCAGCUGAAGAACAGAUCCACGUAUUGGAAGUGACAGAAGAAUUUGGUGUACACUUAGUUGAGCUCACUCUUGACCGCAAUGGUCCUCUCCCGAUCCGACAGCUGGCAUCAGUUCUACUUAAGCAGUAUGUUGAAGCCCAUUGGUGUCAAGACUCGGAUAAGUUCCGUUUACCAGAGUGCCCGGAAUAUGCUAAGGCAAAGAUAAGAGAACUUCUCCCUCAUGGCCUACAUGAACCAAUUAGCAAAGUCAGAUCAUCUGUAGCAUAUGCCAUAUCGGGCAUAGCUCAUUGGGAUUGGCCAGAACAAUGGUGUGGUUUAUUUGAUUUAUUAAUGGUUGCCUUGAAGAGUGGAGAAGAGGCUCCUGUCCAUGGGGCCAUGAGGGUUCUCACAGAGUUUUCUAGGGACUUGACUGAUCAACAUAUUCCUCAAGUAGCUCCUGUAAUCCUGCCGGAAAUGUACAGAAUAUUUUGUGAAGAAGAGAAAUAUGGUAUACGGACUAGAGGGCGUGCAGUUGAAAUUUUCAGCACAUUGGCAAAUCUAAUUUGCAUGAUGGGAGAAUAUAAUAGAAAUUUAGCCAAAACACUACUUUACCCAACUUUACCGGCAUUUACUCAAGCGCUUAUCAAAGGGUUACAGACACCAGAUGGUUUUACUUCAGAUUCAGGUCUCAAGAAAGAAAUCCUUAGUGCUCUUACAAUUUUAAUGAAGAAUGUGCCAAAACAGAUGGGACAGUACUUAGGAGAAGUUUUGGGUCCAGUAUGGCAAACCUUAACCACAAGUGCCGAUACUUAUGUCAAUACUACCGUAAAUGCUAGAGAGGAUGCUGACGAUCCUGUAGAUUCAGAUGGUGAAGUUCUUGGUUUUGAGAAUCUAGUUUUUACAAUAUUCGAGUUCGUCCAUGCCCUUGUUGAAACCAGUAAGCAUAAGCAGAUGAUCAAGCAAGGCAUUGCAGAUCUUAUAUACUACAUUCUUCUCUAUAUGCAGAUCACAGAGGAUCAGAUUGAAACCUGGAGUAAUAAUCCUGAUGCCUUUGUGGAAGACGAGGAUGAAGAUAGCUUUGCGUACUCUGUUCGUAUUUCUGCUCAGGAUCUUCUGUUGGCACUGUGUCAGGAGCUUGCUGAAGAAUGUGGUCAAGGGUUAAUUAUUGCUGUUGGAAGACAUUUGGAAAGGGCAGCAAACCAGAGAAGUAGUGGAGAUCCAGCCUGGUGGAAAACUCACGAAGCAGUCAUGUUAGCAUUAGGUUCCGUCCGUGAUCUUGUCUUGGAUCAGGUGGCCAAAGGACAGUUGCAGUUCGAUCUCACAAAUUUCAUCCAGUCUGUGGUCUUAUCUGAUCUAGAUCCAAAUUGUUCGCCAUUUUUAGCGGGGCGAGCUCUAUGGUGUGGGAGUAGGUAUGGCCAAGCAGCCACACCUGAGAUGCUGGAUAGAUUUCUUCAAGCAACUGUUUCAGCCUUAAAUCAUAGUCCAAAUCCAAUUAUUAAAGUUUCUGGUGUUAGGUCUGUAUGGGGAUUUUGUGAAUAUUUAAAAGGUAGUGGUAACCCAGCUGCCCUACAGCCUUACCUCCCAUCCAUUUUAGAUGGACUCAUAACUCUAGCAACCCAGUCAUCAUCAGAAGUCUUAUCUUUAAUCCUUGAAACUUCCUGUAUUGUAGUAUCUGUAGAUUCUAAUUUCACGGCAGCAAAUGUAGGCAGGAUUUCCACAUUGUGCUUAGCAGUAUUUAUAAAAGCCAACAAUGACCCUGUACUGGUGGCCUUGGUGCAGGAUGUUGUGAGAGAACUCAGCUCGAACCCAGGUUGUACGACAACUUUACAAACUAAAUUUAUCCCAACUCUUGCCUCGAUACUCAACGCAUCAACUGACAAGGUUCCUCCUGGCAUGCAAGCAGUUGCAUUAGACAUGGUAGAAGUAAUGGUACGAUCUUCGACACCACCCUUAGGUGAACCUCUCAUAAAUGUGGCGUUUCCUGCAGUAGUACAACGAACUCUCAAUACUGAUGACAAUUCAACAUUACAGAACGGUGGAGAGUGCUUGCGAGCAUAUGUUUCAGUUGCACCAGAUCAGGUUAUUGCAUACAGGGAUGCAGAAGGUAGAUCAGGACUCCAAUAUGUUGUACAAGUAGCAUCACAGCUUCUUUCUCCAGCUUCCAGUGAGCAGACGGCUACAUUUGUUGGUCGACUAAUAACAGUUUUAAUAAGGAGAGCUGGCGACCAUCUAGGGGAUAAUUUAGAUCUACUUUUGCGAGCAGUUCUUAGCAAAUUACAAGGUGCUGAAACCUUAACUGUGGUGCAGAAUCUGGUUUUGGUGUAUGCUCAGUUAGUUCACUCACAGCUGGAUGGAGUUCUAACUUUCCUAGCAGGUGUACCAGGCCCAUCUGGGCAGUCAGCUUUGCAUUUCGUAUUAACCCAGUGGUGCUGUAAGCAACAUCUCUUCUUUGGUGCUUAUGAAGGAAAGGUCAGUGCUGUAGCAUUAGCAAAACUUUUGGAGCAUGGAGUAACUGCUAAUGAUGCCAGACUUCAAGAUAUUAUUGUUCAAGGAGAUCAGGUAUUUUCGCCUGAUACUAGAAUAAGAACCCGUUCUCAGCGAGCCUCCCGUCCCGAACAAUGGACCCAAGUUCCUGUAUUAGUCAAAAUCUUCAAACUACUUAUCAAUGAAUUGGCGAAUGCUAUAGACUCGAAUAUGGCAAAGGAUGAUGAUGAUCAGGAAUCUGAGGAUGAGUGUUGGGAAGAUGAAGAGGAGGAAGGUCAGGCUAAUGGAGACAGUGCUUUGACUUCCAUGUUUGCCCCAUCAAGUAGUUUUCCAGGUUAUGAUACUGAUACUGUUGAUGAUGACGAUGAUCCUGAUGCUGUUAGUGAUCCCAUGUACACAUUGGACUUGCAACAGUACCUGACGACAUUCAUCAGCACAUUCACACAGCACCCAGCGUUCCCUGUAUUUGUGCCUCAUUUAAAUCCCCAUGAAAGAGAAGUGCUACAGGGAAUUGGUGUGCAGUGCUGAGAUAGGGGAAAUGGCAUUACGGUUUAAAUGAGGAAGCUUUGCGUUGGUUUCAGUCGUUCACCUGACACAUGAUCAUUUGUGCUAGGAAUUGGAUAAUGCUGCUAGACAGUAUUCUCCAUAGCUAAGUAUCAUUAUCUGAAAGUGCUCAAUCCGGUUCCAAUGAGUGGUGUAUGAUUAUAUUUAUAACCUAUGCAACUGUGAAAAAAAUGAUGCUAAAAUGUUAACAUUUCAUGGUAAUUGACAAUUUGUCGCUCUACUGGGACUUUGUGUUAACCAGUGUUAAAUUACCACAUUAUAAUUUGAAGCAGUAUAAUGGACAUAGUGUAUCAUAUAUUAAUAUUUGAGGGAAAUGAAGAGUUGCUGAAGGAAAGAAAUACUAUGUAGAAAUAUAAAAAGGACUUCACCGAUGCCUAGUUUUUACAGUUUUAUAAAUAUUUUUUUAAGGAAAAAUUUGUGAUGAAUGCAUUUAGAAAACUUUGGUUUCUUUUAUGAAGGUAUGUAAGGGUUUUAACAGUUUAACAAGUGUAUAUAAUUUGCCUUAGACUAGAAACCCAUGACACAAUGAGACGUACAUUCAUUCCAGAAAAAUUCUCAUGUGGCAUGUUUUUAUACAGAUGCUGUCCAUUCCUUUUUAUGUUUCUCCCUUGUGUAUGCCCUUGGGGCAAACCCUUAGUUAGCUUUACUGAUAAAAGGAACUAAAGGUAAGAUCUGAUAUCCUGCCUAUUUAUUUAGGAUACUUGAUUAUUUUUGCUCAUGACAUAUUAUUCCACAGGAAAAGAUAACAGCAUUUUUUUCUCUUGAAUGUUAGUGUACUGUACUGAAUUCUGUGAUCUUAGUAGUGUUAGAGAAGAUUAUAGCUGCGGUAAUGUCAGUUUUUCAUCUUUGCCAACAAUUUUUAAAUUUUGUUUUUGUUGUUUUGAGUCUUGUGAUACCCAUGCAGGUUUUGCAGAAUCUCAAAGAAAAAUGCACAACUGGGAAUGGGUAUUCAUGACUUUAAAUAUUUAAAUUGAUAUCUGAAGUUUUUGAACUUUUAAAAGUUCUGUUUCAGACACCAUCAGUUAACAGUUUGAACUUGUUAAUCUUGCCAUGUAGUUUAUACACUUAGUUUUUCAUGAGUUAUAUGAGGAAAACUCAAGGAAAAAUCAACAGUAUAUCAGAUGAAAUAUUCACCCUUUGAAUGCUAAAAGUGCCUGCUAUUGCCCAUGUCUAUUGUCAAAUUAUGCUUCUAUUGCAUGUGCAUAUUAUUUUGGGGAAAGCGAGAAGAAAAGACAUGUUUUGCUACUUGUGCACAGCUCUUUGAGAACUACAAAAUAUUGGGAGGCCCACAGGGAAUUCUCCUAAUGUGUAUUUUUUUUUCCAGCAUUUAUAAAUACAGUAGAGGACCAUCAGGUUUUUGCAGAUAGCUCAUGUUUGUCAUAUGCAGCAUAUUGUUGUAUAUUUUUUAAAAUGAUCAAACGUGUAGGGUUUAUUGGAGAUUAAUUUCCAUAAUUCUGUGGUUGUUUUGGAUCCUGGAGAUUUUAGUAGUUUAUUGUUGAACUGAAUUUCUCUCUGAAGGUGCCACUUCCAGUGAUUUGAUGCUUUAAAAUUUGAGUUUUCUCUUAUUUGAUGAAGAGGUGUUGUAGGUUUAUUGGAAAUUUAGUUAUAUUUUUUGAAUUUUAUAUUUGAGAUGGUUGAUAAGAGAGAGAGGUAAAUAAUUGGCUUCGUUGGAGCUUCAAAUUAAAUAUUGAUAUUGCUACAGAGAGGAGCGUAUUUUUGUAUUAUGCAUGUUAACUUCUAAAGCCUUUGUUAUUCAAGUGCAAUACUUGUAACACUGGGAAUGGGAGUUUUAUUUGUAUGAAAAAUUUUAAUUACAAUAGCAUUGAUA